UAUUAAUAAAAAUGUCAUAGCUUCCAUAAACGGGAUAACAAUCGAAACCUCAAUCAAAUUUACCUUAACAAAAUAUUCCACAAGGUCAAAACCAAUUUAUUCCUCAAUAAGGAAUCCCAACCUAAGUUUUACCUUAAGGCUAACCCUAAUAUGUGGUUCCACCUUAAAAUUUAGGAAGAGCACCAAUAAGUGGAUUUCCAGCUCAAUAGCUUCCAUAUUUGUAGCAACAAGGAUUUUAACCAUAACUUUAAUCCUCGGUCAUAGGAUAAAAUGGCGUUCCUUAUUAGACAGGCCCUGUCUAAUUAAGUUCAUAAUUAAUGACAGAAUAAGCAAUAAAGGGAGAAUCUAGAAUAGAAUAUGUGCCUUUUGAGAGAGUAAUCACCGAAUAUGAGGAAGUUAGAAGACAAGUUUAAGUGCCUAUAACAAGAUAAAUAACUGAUUAUUAUGCAGUCUAAUAUGAAGUUGAAUAUAUUCCUUAAGUAAUAUAAGAGAAGUAAAUUGGUAAUAUCUGAUUCAUAAUAAUUAGAAUACGUGCCAGUUGAAAGGAUCUAAGAGAGAACCGAAUAUUACACAGUGUAAAAAUAAAAUAUAUUGCCUGUAAGAAUAUCAAUAAUAAAUUAAAGGCUCAACCAACUUUAUAACCAUAAACUCUGGCAUAAUCCUAAACAAUAUAAACUUAGAGAGUGCAAUAGUAGAUUGUGGUAUGAAUUUAUUAAUAAAAUACAAGACUUAAUAACCACAAUAGUAUUUGACAAUAGCCUAAUAACCCUAAGUUACAACCUAUCAAGCUCCUCCAGUCCAAACAACAACAGUAAUACCACAACCUCCAGUUUAAUAACCAAUAACAUCCACAUUGAUCUAACCUCCAAUAACUACAACAAUUUAAGCACCAACCGUAGUGUAGAAUACCAUAAUGCCCUAAACUCAAUUUACUUCUACAUAUGUUCAACAACCACCACCAGUUGUAACAACUUAAUUACAGUCCGUCCCUCAAACUAUACAAACAACAAGUGUAGCUCCACAAACAAUUCAAACAACCAACGUAUUCCCAUAGACAGCUAGUGUUAUUCCAUAAACAAGAACAUUGACUAGACCUCCAACAACAAUAGUCUAACCUUAAGCGUCAGUUCCUUUGGCCACAACUACAGUUCUACCCACUUAAUUAGCUCAAACAACCACAGGAUUACCAUCUUCAAUUUAUAAAGACGCUCAAAGAUUGCCAGUUUAAGGAAAUUCACUUUAUAGAAAGACUUUACCACCCAUUUAACCUGGAUAAUUAGCCUAAACAGCUCCACCUCAGCAAGUAAAAUAUGUAUUUAUUUACAGAUUCCAACUUAACCAUAAUUGCCAUAAAAACAAGCUAAACCAGAUAAAGAUAAAACAUUUUUGGAAAGGCUUUUCGAGUGAAU